AUGGAAGAAAGGUUCAAGGAAAUGGUGGCAAGUAAGGGCUUAGAGGCCGCUGAUCACAGUGAAAUCAGUGACCUGGACUGGGAAAGCACCUUCUUCUUGCGCCAUCUUCCUGUUUCAAACCUCUCUCAGACCCCUGAUCUUGAAGAAGAUUACAG